AUGAAACUACCAACCCUCGCUCUGGCCGCAGCAGCUGUCGCUGCUCCCCUGGUAGCCCCCGUCGAGCAAUUCUCGCUCCCCACACAAAAAGGCAACGGCUACCUGAUAGUCAACGUCGACCGACUGUCGGUGCGGUUCCCCUACGGCGUGGAAUUCUCCAUCGGCACCCCGGCCCAGCGGUUCAAGGGCGUGUUUGACACUGGCAGCGAACGUCUGCAGAUGAACGGCGCUUCCGACUCUCGAUGCCAAGCCGAUAACGACUACGUGUGCCUGGGCGGCGUCUACAACCCCGCAGACUCCUCCACUUGGAAGUAUGACACCAACGGAACCGGCACCUGGGGCGGACAAGGCGCCGAAGGAACAGACACCCUCACCCUGGGCUUCAAAAAGGACGAGUGCGACUUCUUCCAGGGCGGCGACAUUGUUUCAAUCCCCGGCUACGGAAUCUACAACUCCAACGACACGGCAGGCUGGGACUCGCCCAUCUUCGGACUGUCCAAAAUCUUGUACCCCGAAGAGGGAUACAAGAACCUGCCGUACUGGCUCAAGGAACAGGGCAUUGCCAAGCGACAGGCCUUCUCCCUCUACUCCGAGGCGCCCAUCGAGCUGGACUCCGCUGCCACCAAAAACGUGAGAACUCAGUGCAUUUUCGGCGGAAUCGAUCACUCCAAGUACGAAGGACCUCUCGUCAAGCUGCCCCUGGUGUCUGAGACCCAGUACUCUGUGCGAAUCAACACCAUGACCAUCGGUGGAGUGGUCCAGCCGUCGGAAAACGCCCGAAACCUCACUCUGGACACCGGCGUCAACGACAUCCGAUUCCUGUCCAACGAAACCUCCGAGUGGAUCUCUCAAAAGUACGGAACCCACACCUACAACGGCACCCAGUGGGACAUAGCCUGCGACGCUGAGUUCGACAUCAACUACGAGUUUGAAGGCGGCGUUUCCAUCCCCGUCAACUUCAAGCAGUUUGUCCAACACAACCCCAACGGAGUGUGCAACAUUGGAAUCGAAAUCGGAGACAACCAGACCGACACCAUUGCUGGCGCCUCAUUUAUUUCCCGAGCAUACGUGGUAUACGACAACGACUACCCAUUCCUUCACCUAGCCAAGCGAAAGUACGGCUACUCCAAGCCCAACAUUGAGGUCAUCACCGGAGAGAUUAGCUAA